GAGGGGGAGUGCCGGCCACCGCGCAGGCGCUCUUGCCGCCUCCCUCCCCCCCCCUCCCAUCCAAGAGGGACGGGGCUUGUGCGCAGGUCGCUUUCUGCUCGGAUCCGGGGAUGCAUCGUACGACCGGAAACUCAAAGAUGGCAGACCCUGCUGAUAUAGAUUUCACAACCGCUCACUCCGGGGCUUCCACCACCUUCCCUAUGCAGUGCUCCGCUCUGCGCAAAAAUGGCUUCGUCGUGCUGAAGGGGCGCCCGUGCAAGAUCGUGGACAUGUCGACCUCCAAGACAGGCAAGCAUGGCCACGCCAAGGUUCACUUGGUGGGCAUUGAUAUAUUCACCUCAAAAAAGUACGAGGAUAUCUGUCCUUCCACCCAUAAUAUGGACGUGCCCAACAUCAGAAGAUGUGACUAUCAGCUGGUCGAGAUUCAAGAUGGCUACCUUUCUCUCCUGAGUGACAGCGGGGAGCUGCGUGAGGAUUUGAAACUUCCUGAUAAUGACCUAGGAAAGGAGAUUGAGCAACGUUACAACCAAGGGGACGAGACACUGAUCACUGUCAUCAGCGCCAUGAAUGAAGAAUGUGCUAUUGGUGUCAAGAUGAUGAGCAAGUAACUGCACAUAGGAUACAGCUUCUGGUGAAGCCACCCAGGCCUGAGCUAUGGGAUUGGAAAACCUUUUAUUUCAUCAAGAAUGCAACAAAAGUAUAAUUUAAAAAGGAAAAAAAAACACAAAAAAAAUGCAAGCGAACACUAACUUUAUUUCGGAACCCCUGGGUCGCCACCAUCCCUUCAGCAAACCCCACCCCACCACACCCCCACCCCACUCUCAAAUCUCCAACCAGUCAAACAUUUUGUUUUGGACCCUGGACUGAAUAUUCGCUGCUUCAUGGAGGCUCGGCAAGGUCAGUGGGUGUCUUCCCCUCUCCGGACAAGGCGACAGCGUCAGUGAUGCUCUCCCUCUUCCUCCUCCCCAUGACAUGGUAACCAUUCCCCACCACACCUGAAGAACGGAGGAAGGCCUUACUGGCUUCCUAUCACGGGCUCUGUCAUCAUCCUUUUACUCUGUGCAGGUUGAACUAUUCUCUCUGGCCGCACAAGAGUGUCUGGCUGCUUUGUGUGGUGGUUGUGCUGUUUCUGUGAGGGGAGGCGUGUGGGACGAUGUCUUUUUUUUGUUUAUUCUGCCACUUUUUGAAUAGAAGACCUAUCUUUGAUUCUUUCUCGAGCCCUGUAAGGUUAUUGGAUCUGAACUGCAGACAGCAAGUGCAGUUGAAAUAAAGUCCAUUUAAAGUG